AUGUGUGCUCGUCGGCUGCUGUUCCUGAUAUUUUUGGUCAUCGUUGAUCAUUUGGUUGUGGCCGAUUUCCCUUCGAACAAUGCCGAUCUUAAGGCUCGUCUGGAUCUGUCCGCAUUCAAGUUCUUCUCAAAGACGGCUCAUCACGUGGUAGAUCGUGAAAUACCAAAAGUCACCAUUCCCGACAUAACACUUGAUAUUACUGCUGGACCCGGUACAGGCAAAGUUUCUGCGCAUGAUCUGAACAUCAUUAAAUUCAAAUCACCAAACUUCAAUUUUUUACUGAGCGACCAAGGACUGUCAUGGUCGUCGAAUGGAGGUGCUGCGAAAAUUGGAGGUCGAUGGGAAGCAGUAUACACAAUUGGUGUGCCGUUACGAGAAUCCGGAUGGAUCGAAGUGCUGGCUGCGGAUAUACGAGUGAACGUAUCGGCAAGAGUGUUAGACGUUCAAGCACGGCCUCAAAUAGUACUCGGUGACUGUACGGCCGACAUUAUGCACUUUGACUUCCAAAUUGGCGGUGGUGUAAUACCCUGGUUGGUGAAUCUCUUCCGAACUCCGAUCUCGCUCGCCUUGAGGAAAGCCAUUCAUAAUCAGGCAUGCGAGAGCGCUAGAUCGAUUUUGUUAACUAAUUUCAACGAUUUUCUACUCUCCCUGCCACUACACAUACCAAUCGGACAAGACUUCUAUCUUGACUAUGCAAUGGAACGAAAUUUAACAUAUAAUAGCGAUUUUGCCGAGGCAGAGUUAUUGGCGGACGUGGUCUAUGGUGCCCAGACAUGCCAUCCAGAGAAAAUUGAGCAAUGGGAAGAGACUGGCCUCGUACCAAAGAUGAUGGUUAUCUGGUUAAGUGAGACUGUACCGAAUUGCCUUCUCAGUAGCGCUCAUGAAGGGAAACUCGUCCAGUUCACUGUCACCAAGAACAUUCCACAGCUGGCUUCUUACUUAAGAACCAGCUGCUCUAUGUUGUCCAUCUGCAUCGGACGAUUCUUCGAGAAACUUCGAACCGAUUUUCCGGAUCAAUACGUCGAUCUACACUUUCACACCUACAAUGCACCGAUUAUACGAAUGCAUGAUGGUGAAGUGACUAUAAAUGCCACAUUCGCAAUCGACUUCUAUAUACAUCCAAAGAAGGAACAUCCAAAAAAUCUGGCACGAAUGAUUCUGCAAUCGUCAUCGAUGAUUCUACCAGAAAUUGUGGAUAAUCGACUGUCUGGCCAGCUUAACAAUACCCAACUUCAGCUUUGGGAAGAUUUUUCGGACAUCGGUGAAAUGUCAAAAACGUAA